AUGGGCAGUGAUGUGGAGCGCCUUCAGGUGAGGAUAUGCUAUUUAAACGAAUGCAUCUUCUUUGUUUCCUUUUCCGCAGCAUGCAACUGUAACCUCCAUGCGAGGCGCUGUCGUUUCAACAUGGAGCUUUACAAACUCUCCGGGAGGAAAAGCGGAGGAGUCUGCCUGAACUGCCGCCACAAUACGGCGGGUCGCCACUGCCACUACUGCAAGGAGGGCUACUACAGAGACAUGUCUAAGCCCAUCUCUCACAGAAAGGCCUGCAAAGCCUGUGAUUGCCAUCCUGUGGGGGCCGCGGGCAAAACCUGUAACCAAACCACAGGCCAAUGCCCCUGUAAAGACGGUGUGGCGGGUAUCACAUGCAACCGUUGUGCUAAAGGCUACCAGCAGAGCCGAUCUCCCAUUGCCCCCUGCAUAAAAAUUCCCAUUGCUCCACCAACCACCACUGCAAGCAGCACAGAGGAACCUUCAGACUGUGAAUCCUACUGCAAGGCUUCCAAAGGCAAGCUGAAGAUCAAUAUGAAGAAGUACUGCAAGAAAGAUUAUGCUGUUCAGGUCCACAUCCUAAAGCAGACAAAGCCGGCCGAGUGGUGGAAGUUCACUGUCAACAUCAUCUCUGUCUACAAACAGGGAGAACGCCGGAUCCGCAGGGGGGAUCAUGUUUUGUGGGGUCAGAGCAAAGGAGUGGCCUGCAAGUGCCCAAAGAUCAAGCCCGGCAAAAGUACCUGCUGCUUGGGCAAUGAUGAGGGAUUACCCUGGACAAAGGGCGGAGUCGGUGGAGACAAGGGCAGUCUGGUCAUUCAGUGGAGGGACACUUGGGCUCGGAGACUCCGGAAGUUUCAGCAGCGGGAGAAGAAAGGAAAAUGCAAGAAAGCAUAG